UGUUGGCUACUUGUCUCUUGACUCACCUGGCGCUGGUGGCAUCUUCUGGUCUUUUUUAGCCGAGCGCAGGUCACCUCCGCUCCAACAGCCUCAACAAGAGCCGUGUGUUUAUUCACAGAGUUAGUCUAAAUGCUUGGCUGUGUCCCGCUGGUUCGUGUGCGGCCGUGACCGGGACGCUGCGCCUCGGGGAAGACCACUGGUGAAGACUUCAUCUGAUUUUCCUCUGGUAUCAAGAAAGCCACCGUGGCUGAAAUGGAUGAACAAAGUGUUGAGAGCAUAGCCGAGGUGUUUCGCUGCUUCAUCUGCAUGGAGAAGCUGAGGGAUGCCCGUCUCUGUCCACACUGCUCCAAACUCUGCUGUUUCAGCUGCAUACGACGGUGGCUGACGGAGCAGAGAGCCCAGUGCCCACACUGCCGAGCUCCCCUGCAGCUCAGGGAGCUGGUAAACUGCCGCUGGGCGGAGGAGGUCACCCAGCAGCUGGACACCCUGCAGCUGUGCAGCCUCUCCAAGCAUGAAGACAACGACAAGGACAAAUGUGAGAACCACCAUGAGAAGCUGAGUGUUUUCUGUUGGACCUGUAAGAAGUGCAUCUGCCAUCAGUGUGCUCUGUGGGGUGGCAUGCAUGGCGGCCACACCUUCAAGCCCCUGGUGGAGAUCUACGAGCAGCACGUGACCAAAGUGAACGAGGAGGUGGCCAAGCUCCGCCGCCGCCUGAUGGAGCUCAUCAGCCUGGUGCAGGAAGUGGAGAGAAAUGUGGAGGCGGUGAGGGGAGCAAAGGACGAGCGAGUUCGAGAGAUCCGAAACGCCGUGGAGAUGAUGAUCGCUCGGCUGGACAACCAGCUGAAGAACAAACUCAUCACCCUCAUGGGCCAGAAGACAUCCCUGACCCAGGAGACUGAGCUGCUGGAGUCUCUCCUGCAGGAGGUUGAGCAUCAGCUUCACUCCUGCAGUAAGAGUGAGCUGAUCUCCAAGAGCCCAGAGAUCCUGCUCAUGUUCCAGCAGGUUCACAGGAAGCCCAUGCAGUCCUUCGUCACCACACCCGUUCCUCCAGACUUCACCAGCGAGCUGGUUCCUGCAUACGACUCCAGCACUUUUGUUCUGGCCAACUUCAGCACCCUGAGGCAGCGUGCUGACCCGGUGUACAGCCCUCCUCUACAAAUAUCUGGACUCUGCUGGAGACUUAAAGUCUACCCGGAUGGUAAUGGUGUGGUCCGUGGAAACUACCUGUCUGUAUUCCUGGAAUUGUCUGCUGGACUCCCUGAGACGUCAAAAUACGAGUAUCGUGUCGAGAUGGUCCACCAGGCCUCCAGCGACCCCACCAAGAACAUCAUCCGGGAGUUCGCCUCUGACUUUGAGGUUGGGGAAUGUUGGGGCUACAACCGCUUCUUCAGACUGGACCUGCUGGCCAGCGAGGGCUACCUGAACAUGCAGAGCAACACCCUGGUCCUCCGCUACCAGGUUCGCUCGCCCACCUUCUUCCAGAAGUGCAGAGACCAGCACUGGUACAUCAGCCAGCUGGAGUCUGCGCAGUCCAGCUACAUCCAGCAGAUCAACAACCUCAAAGAGAGGCUGGCCAUCGAGUUGUUUCGCCAGCAGACGUCACGCAGCUCCUCCCCCCCCGACCUGAGGCUGGCAGCAGGCCCUGUGAGCUCUGUCAGAGACCCUCAUUCUGCCAAAAGUGAAGAUGACAUCCAGACCACUCUGACCAGUCCUAAAGAAGGAGAGGACGAGGACAAGACCCGGCAGGAUGAGUCUAAUGAGCUGUCCGAUGGCGACCUGGAGGUAGACUGUCUGACAGAGGAGGAGGUGAACCCGCUGGACGGCAGCAGCACCUCAGGAAGCUCCACAGCCACCAGCAACACUGAGGAGAACGACAUCGAUGAGGAAACCAUGUCAGGAGAGAAUGACGUGGAGUUCUGUGAGAACCUGGAUGCAGAAGAGGGAGAGAUUCCUGAUGACUUGGCCGGAGCCACAGGUGGGUCCAGCCCCGGGGUCUGCUCCUUACAUCAGAGUGCUGCUGCCGGCCGUAGCGCUGGUGGUGCUGGUGGUGCUGGUGGUGCCGUUGGGCCAGGCAACAACAGCCUCCUGGAGAUUGACCCGGUGAUCCUCAUCCAGCUGUUGGACCUUAAGGAGCGCAGCAGUGUGGAGUCUCUGUGGGGGCUCCAGCCUCAGCCUCCUGUUUCCCUGCUGCACAGCCAAGCCCAUCCUCACUCCAGGAAGCGAGAGCGCCGGCCUCAGGCAGUGCGACGAUCAGCCCCAGACUCCAACGUCUUAAUCCGCCUCAAGGCCCACAUGGCCGAGGUUCGCAGCAAGAUGUCCGAUGUCAAGAGUCAAGUACUGGAGGCUCGAGGGUUUGGAGAACCCAGACCUGGAUUAUCAGGCGCCUUCGGUGUCGAGGAGAUACCCUCCCAUCAUCCUGAUCCAGAGCUGCUAGCCUGUCAUAAGCCCAAUGACCUCGACCUGCUGGCAAAAGCUGCCAUGGCCCGGUCCAGACACUACCGCCCGGCCAAGAAGUCUCUGUCCCCUGUCCUGGACGGCAGCAGCAGCCUGGUGGUGAGGAGGAGGAGCCCGGAGGAGACGGACACAGAGCUGAGAGAGGGAGAGGCUCCCAUAGAGCUCAGCCUUCGUCCUCGAGAAAGUCUCGUAGGAGCCGAGGGGUUACUGAAGGCUGAGAGCUCCCAGAUCCUCCUCCCCUCCCUGGGCAGCUCCUCUGCAGACCAGGCCAGCUCUAAGCAGCAGCAGCACCCAGAGGAGCAGCAGCAGCUGUACAGGGCGUCGGGCCCCGGGGACAGCCUGUACGCCUUAGGGGGGCCCAGCAGCAUCACAGCCAGCAUGAGCUGCAGCAGCAGGACCACAGGGGCGGCCAUGUUGGACUGUCAGUCAGAAAGCGAAGGGAACUCUCAUCCUUCCCUGCCGGAGGAGCCCUCCUCCCAGUCAAAUGAAGACCAGCAGCCGUCUGUCCUGCUGGCGGGGACGAGCAGCGACAGUGACACUGAGGAUGAAGGCCUGCAGCCCAGCAGCCGUGGCUGUGGCAGCAGGACUCCUCCCUGCACAGGAGAGCAGCUUCUGUCUGAUGACCUCAGCCUCCUCUCUGAGAGGUGAUUUCACCUGAAGUCGUCAGACCUGGCAACACACUGCCAUGUCCUGCUGGCCAUGGGGCAAUGCAAUAACAGCUGGAGAGCAGUAUACAAUUCACUUAGAUAGUCUGUGAAAGAGAAAUAGCUUCUUAUGCAUGAACUCUCAUGAUUUAAAAAAAAAAAAAUGCAACAACUCCCCCUCUACUCCAGAGGAAAAGGCCUCCUGUAAAACUGGUAUACAUGAACGCUUU